GAAUCGUAACAUUACCUUGUUAUCAUUAACUGAUACUGUUAGAUCGUCACUGCUGUCCGACUGAAUAGGAACGAGCUUUUACCUGGCUGUUUGCAACAUGGCAUCCAUUGUUUUACUGGGUCUGUUCUUUGUCUUACAAGCACAACUGACAGCAGGUGUAGUUCACCUGUCUGCUAACCCUGUGGUGAUCGAUCUUGGUCUGACGUCACUCACAGUUAGGUGUGACGUCAACCAGAGCAACCAGCAGAACAUGUCAACAGUUUUGUCCAUCAUCUUAUCGCGCUCUGCCAACAGUUCCAGCCCCUACACAGACCUGGCCUCAGUGAUCACCUUUACAGGUGAACGAGUCAAUGUCCUGGCAUCUGAACGUCUUACAGCCAACGGCUCCAUUCAAGCUACAGGUAACUCUUUUCUAGAACUACACUGGGAGUAUCCCACAGAGGAGCAGGCUGGACACUACGUGUGCGCAUGUCAGGGUCUGGAUAUUGUUGGACAUAAUGUUAACUUAAAUGACUACCUUCAGGUGACAACCAGACGACCAGAUAGUGACCAGCUGUUGGAAAAGAUACAACAACUGGAUGUAGACUUGAACUUGGCUAAAAAUGACAUCAGAGAUCUAAACAGUCUGAUGACCGUCUUCUUUAAAAACAUGUCUGAUUUGGAGUCGAUCAGCGAGAGAACACAGGCAAAUGUUCAAACAAUAGAGCGCUAUAAUAUUGCAAUGGAAAGUUACAGGAAGAACUGGCUAUUUAGUCAAAGUGUCCGCGACAGAAAUACAACAUAUUCUGUAUCUAGAAACGGCUACCAGAACGUGGACUUUGGUGAGAUUUUAUGUCAGAUGUACGGUGGUUACCUGGUUGAAAUAGACGACGCCAGGGAAUAUGGCGUGGUGCAGGGCCUAUUAAACAACACGAAAUAUGUAUUAAAACAAAUCUACACAGGGAUUUACAAAGAAAGUCCAACAGGAACAUUUAAAUUUAGGCACAGCCAGAAACGACCACAGUUUUUUAAUUGGUCUACAGGUCAGCCGCAGGAUCAUACUGGGGAGAACUGUGUUUUUCUAAAUCCUACAAAUAAUUACACUAUGUACAUUACAGGCUGCAGUACUACUAAUGGCGCAGCUAGUAUUCAAGCUAUUUGUGAAUUCCCCGACUCCUCAAAUUAGAAUAACGAUAGAAAAGGUCAGCAGUCAGCAGUGUAACCAGUCAGGACUAACAUCUCAUCUUGUCUUUGUAGCAGAUCCGUUUAGCGUUACAGCUAACUGUGCGUUAGUCCUACAUAUCGUUUACUUAUUCUAGAAUCAAUUAUUAAAAAAAAAAGAAAGCUACAAGAGAGUAUGUUUGAUUUUAGCUUACAAAACGUAUGUUUUACUUUAACGUACUUUAUUGUUACUUUAUACUAGAUAUAUAAAUAACAUGUUUAAACUAUAUAAACUUUUAGUAAUUGUUUACUUUCUCGGAUACGAAUAAUAGAGGAAGUAUUGCAAUCGUACGAAAAAAACCACUGUUUUACAAUUGUGUCAGUAUGUGUGUGUGUGCGUUUGUGAGUAUGUGUGGAUGUGAACACGAUAACUUGAGUACCAUUACAGCUAGGUUGAUUUAAAUUUCAUAUACAAGUAUUAUAUCAAAUUUGUAGUUCUGUGUUUCCUUCUCAGCAAUUACCGGUAACCGGAAGUGGAACCUAUUAUAUUUGGUGGUUUUCAAAAGCCUAUACCUUGUGUACUGUUUCAGAUAAAUAGACGAAAGUAAAAGAUCUAAACUCUGCCUUCUGUCAAAGUUUGAGCAUUUCCGUUGAGAGGAAGUAGUACUUUUCCGAUUUUUCAAAAAAACGUAUAUGAAUUUAUAAAGUACUAAUAUUACGCACUAUUAUACACAAAUUGUUUGCUGUUCACUUAGUGCGGAAUUCUUUUUCUACGAGAUUCUAUUCUAUUUUUAAAAGUUUAAAUAAUUAAAAAUGUAUUUAAAAUU